UCCUUUCCUCUUUUUUCUACUUGUGCUCUCGCCGCCAUAACUGUCCUAUUUCUCAACACUUUUUCUAUGCGGUUUCAAUCGCUCUAAUCAUCUCUUAAAUUAUCAAUAACAUAUAACAACUUUUCUUUACCAUUCUCCAAUCUUCGCAACCACAGCUACGAGAAGGAGGAAGAGAUGCUAACAAUUCUCCGUUGAAGAAGAAGCCAUCUUUGCAAAUCAGAGAGGUUCGCUAUUGAUUCGAACGCCCAACCACCUUCUUAAUCUUCAAAUCAGAUGAAGACUCUGGUGUUUGGUCGCUCUUGAAGAAGUGAUUCAUCGUCGUGCGUGGUGAUAAAACAUAUAUCUCUGGGAACUUCAAGGAAUCCCUGUCUAUUGGCUAUGGCUGCACCAUUCUUCUCAACGCCUUUUCAGCCUUAUGUUUAUCAGAGCCCACAAGAUGAAAUCAUACCUUUUCAGAUUUUAGGUGGUGAAUCUCAGGUCGUUCAGAUUAUGUUGAAGCCACAAGAAAAAAUCAUUGCAAAGCCUGGUUCCAUGUGCUUUAUGUCUGGAUCCAUUGAAAUGGAAAAUGCCUACCUUCCAGAGAAUGAAGUAGGCUUUAGGCAGUGGUUAUUUGGAAAAACUAUAACUAGCAUUGUUCUAUGCAAUUCUGGACCCAGUGAUGGAUUUGUUGGAAUUGCUGCACCUUAUUUUGCACGAAUCCUCCCGAUUGAUUUAGCAAUGUUCAAUGGAGGGAUUUUGUGCCAGCCAGAUGCAUUUCUUUGCUCAGUCAAUGAUGUGAAAGUCAGCAACACAUUUGAUCAGAGGGGACAAAAUGUUGUUGCUGGUGCUGAGAGAUUCUUGCGGCAGAAGCUAUCUGGUCAAGGGGUUGCAUUCAUACUAGCGGGUGGAUCUGUUGUACAGAAAAAUCUUGAGAUUGGUGAAGUUCUAGCUGUUGAUGUUUCUUGCAUCGUUGCUGUUACGAGUACAGUCAAUGUCCAAAUAAAAAAUAAUGGCCCUGCAAGAAGGACUAUGUUUGGAGGUGACCAUGUGGUGACAGCUCUUCUAACUGGACCAGGCAUCGUGUUCAUACAAAGCUUACCUUUUCAUCGACUCUCUCAGCGAAUUGCUAGGGCGGUGACAUCGCCAAACAUGAGGGAAAAUCCUAAGUUUUAUAUACAGAUUGCCGUUUUCUUUUUAAUGGCGUAUGUUGUCAUUCUAUCUUCAUUGUUAUUGACAGAUGUAUGAAAUUUACUCUUUUUGGUUUACUUUGUAAUUUUUACUUUAAUCCUGAUGUGGGAAAAAAUUUAAAGCCUUGGAUUCUCUGCCAAUUAAAAGAAAAAGAGUAUAGAUCUGAUUUUGUUACAA